AUGUUCAAAUUGGCUUGCACAGCAAGGGCGUCUGCGAUAUACGGUCCCAUACAGAAGAGGCUAAGUGGUCCAAUUGUACGCCACCUCUCCUACACAAGAGGUUGUCAAAAUAGUACACCUAUUGAAACCGUUGAUUUAGUAUAUGAUGAAUUUGAAACUCCCAACCUGAAGAGCAAAUCACCACUUGUGAUCCUCCAUGGCUUGUUUGGGUCGAAAGCAAAUAAUCGAACUGUGGCCAAACAGUUGUGCGAGAGACUCGAUAGGAAUGUGUACUGUCUCGACUUGCGGAAUUUUGGGUCUAGUCCUCAUAUCAAAAGAUUAGAUUACCCUAGUCUUGCCGCUGACGUUGAAAACUGGGUCGCUCAACGCAAGUUCGAACAAAAGCCGAUCCUAAUUGGACAUUCAAUGGGUGCCAAAACUGCCAUGGCUGUUGCCUUGCGCAAGCCAGAUUUACCGAAAAUGAUUGUCAGUGUCGAUAAUGCACCCAUAACGUUCGGCAACACCGACUCCAAGUUCAACAAGUACAUCAAUCAGUUGCGUUUGAGCUUGGAAAAGUACAAAUACACUAACAUCAAGGACGUUGAUGCAAAAUUGGCCGAGGUGGAGCCAAAUAAGACAGUUCGUCAAUUCGUUUUGAUGAAUAUGAAGCGAGGCAAGAAGGAUGAGCCGGUGACGUCGAAAAUUCCGUUGGAUAUUAUUGGUGAUGCUACAAGUAAAGGUUUCAUAGCCAGUUGGCCAUAUAGCCCCGACGAUGGAAGAUGGACGGGGCCGGUGCUCUUUAUCAGAGGCACUGAAUCUCAUUAUAUCCCCGAUGAUGUGUUUCCUGAAAUUGCCCAGUUUUUCCCCAAUUUUGAAAUUAGGGAUAUUAAAUGUGGUCACUGGGUGAUUAGUGAAAAGCCAAAAGAGUUUAUGGAUGUUUUGUGUGAGUACGUUGAACGAGUAGAGGACGAGUAG